CGUCCGCCGGAAGUGCGCGAGGAGUUCCGGGGAGCAGGCGGCCUCCGCGCUCUGGUAUCCUGAGCUAGCGAGUUGAGUGCGGCUGUUGCGCCCUGGAGUCGCUGCGCCGCUGCCGGGAUCAUGGUGUUCUACUUUACCAGCAACAGCGUUAACUCAUCUGCUUACACUAUUUACAUGGGAAAGGAUAAAUAUGAAAAUGAAGAUCUAAUAAAGCAUGGCUGGCCUGAAGAUAUUUGGUUUCAUGUGGACAAACUCUCUUCGGCUCAUGUAUACCUUCGAUUACAUAAGGGGGAGAAGAUAGAAGACAUUCCAAAGGAAGUCCUGAUGGACUGUGCCCAUCUUGUGAAGGCCAAUAGCAUUCAAGGCUGCAAGAUGAACAACGUGAAUGUGGUAUAUACGUCGUGGUCUAACCUGAAGAAAACGGCCGACAUGGAUGUGGGACAGAUAGGCUUUCACAGGCAGAAGGAUGUGAAAAUUGUGACCGUGGAGAAGAAAGUGAAUGAGAUCCUGAACCGAUUAGAAAAGACCAGAAUGGAGCGGUUCCCAGACCUCGCGGCAGAGAAGGAAUGCAGAGACCGGGAAGAGAGGAAUGAGAAAAAAGCCCAAAUUCAGGAAAUGAAAAGGAGAGAGAAGGAAGAGAUGAAGAAGAAGCGGGAAAUGGACGAACUUAGGAGCUAUUCAUCACUAAUGAAAGUUGAGAAUAUGUCUUCAAAUCAGGACGGCAAUGAUUCAGAUGAAUUCAUGUGAAUGGCGGAAAGGACCUUUGAAAGAUGUGAAUUUUGGGACAGUUGCAGACGGUUUGAUUUCAUCUGUGUUUGGAGUUAUAAAAAAAAAACAACUAAAAUUCUACCUUCAUUCUACACAAAUAUUACCAACGUUGGAGUCUAAAAAAAAAAAAGUGUUCCCUUUUUUUGCUGACGGGAAAGGAUCAGAUAUUUAUAAUAUAUUUGGACUUGAAAAACAGCAUAUAACUUUAGGAAAGUGAAAAUAUUUUUGCUGAAACAUGUCUUGGUACCUCAUGAAAGUUGGCUGCCCUUGUUCUUGGGAUAGACUUUAGAACGAAUCAGCUCUGAAAAAUAUUUGUUACUGUGGUCUGUCCCUGAAAACAGAUGUCUUGAAAAACUUUUUCACAUUCUUAAAAUAACUUCACUUCUGUUAAGAAGAAUGCAUCAGUGAGCAAUAUAUGUGAAUGUUGCCCUCGGCCCCGAUUUCCUGACUAGAACAAAAAUGCUUAUGGGUGUUGGUGGUGAUAGUGAUAUUUUCAGAAGAUUGCCGGCUUCAGUAUUGUGUCCAAUUGUGUCGCGUGAGUCUGUCAGCAGCGCUGUCCUCCGCUCUGCCCUUGUCCUGGCUUCUACCUCCCGCAUCUCUUCUCUGAGCGAGGGCCUCCCCCCUGGUCACAAUCAUGCUUAGAGAAGUAGUCCGUGUUAAGCAAGCUCGGGCACGUGGCAGCGUUUACCUGAGCACCAAGUAACCCAAGCCACGUGCAUGACAACUUCCUCAGCGCUGAGGGGAGAAAUAGGAAGGCAUGAUCUGAAUCAUUUUGAGGAAGUCAGGUUACCUGAUUUUUGUCUUGGGAUGCAGCAGAAAGCAAAAAGUCCCGUGUUGGGGUUAUGAUUUUAGAGAGAACGAAGCAUUUCACGAGCCAGCCAAGUAAUUUGUUUAUUUACCUUGAAAUAAUAUUUACUUUGAGUCAUAUCCCCAGAGUUCAGAUUUCUCAGUUGAAGGCCCAGUAACUUAAUAUGUAACAGGAGUACUCAUCUGAGCCACCUCCUCUCCAGUGGGAUUCUGAAUAGAAGGUAUGUUUUUGUUGCAAUCCCCGUAGGAAGAGACAAACAAAACAGUGAAAAGGAAAGAGAACAAAGCCCGCAGGUCAGGAGGCGUACAGAUUCACAUUUUAACCACGCCCAGCACUCUCCAUGCAACGUUUUUCUUCUUAACGGUCUUCUAACCCAGCAAAAUUAACCCUCUUCCAACAAAUACUCUACCUGUCAGAGCACUUUGGAACUGUGGGUAAGACCUAACCGACUUCAGUGUUUCUGUUUAUCCCAAGUUGGUGUGGGGAGUUGAACUGGCAAAUUUCCCUGGGGCAUAACUCAGCCAAAUUUUGAGAGGGGGUAUGGGAGAUGACUCCAGACAUUAGUGAUUUUAUGUGUGUAUGUGCGUGUGUGUGUAUGUGUGUGUCUGAUAACAUUCAGCCUGGAGUUCUGUGAUUUUAGAAAUGUAAAAAUAAAGAAUCAUUUUUUUCUUUGGAAGGACAUUAACAUAUGAGCUCUUAGAAUUUGCUCGUUAUCCCCAUCCCCACGCUGGUUUUAGGGUGAUCUGGCCAUAAAAAACCGUCCAUCCGAGGCUCAGUGUGGCAGCUUCGAGAGGGCAGCUCCUUUUUCUCCCUUGCCGCCACGAGCAUCUCUCCCCCUGAUGACCGCAGGGCUGAAGGGGAUGACCUUUCCCACGCCCGCUGUGGAUUGAGUGGAAGCUAGCAGGGCUUCUGCUGGGCACCACAGGUACUUCCUUGACGCUGCGGCCAACAUCUAGAACAGGGAGAGCUUGCCUGCGGCCUCACCUGCGUCACCUCAGCCUGCCACUGCUUCUGAAGGACUCCUCUCUGUGCCCCUCAUCACGGCAGGUAGAGUUAGCUUUUAAAGCAGACGUCUAUUUUUAGUGUAGUGCGAGAGAUCCUGGGGUCCACAUUUUAAACCUGCCCUAAUUCUCACCUCACACUGGUUUAACGUGUCAAAGUCUCUCUGAAUUGUCCGAGUUGAAUUCCUAGCUCUCAAACUUCUCGAGCUGCUCUGUGCUGACUUCCCCUGCCUCUGUGUGGGGGCAGUCUUUUCCCCAGCACCCGUGGUCCCAGAAAAAACAAAGACCUUUUCUCUUGAGGACGUUGGUUCGGUGCCACAGGUCACACUGUUGGCACUGAAGCCAUCUCAUUUCUUGCUAGUGACGUGUUUCCUAAACUUCCUAUAGGAAAACUGCAAAUUGUUAUUUUUAUGAGCUGUGCCCGUGAUUAAAUCCAUGCAUCCUGAAGGGGUGUCUUUUUAAUUGUGUCUCAUCUCCCUGCUCCAAUCUGCAUGCCGCUGAGGUCCACAUUAUCAUUUAAUUUGCUUCAUAAACUUGGCUCGUUUAUUCCUACAGCUUUAGAAUUCAUUUCUUACCGGCCUUUGUUGAUCCAGGGUCACGAUCUUUGGGUGAGGGAGCUCCGUCAAAGCGCUGGUGCUGGAACGCAUGUUGGGAAGCUUACGGGAAGCUUACCGAAGUCUGGAGGUGUGGACGUUAGCAGAAUAGACAACAAGCUUUAGUUGAACCCUGUCAGUAGCUGUUGUUUAUUUUGUUGUUUUAUUUUUAACUCUUUCUGGAAGCAUGGCUUUUGGCAAGCCUUUUAACUGUUCAGUGCCAAUGGUUUCCCCACUCAGGAAGGAAGGUGUCAGGUGUACACAGAGCGGGAGGAGAAAGAAUUCAGCUCUAGCCUCCAGCUCAGGAACAGCUCUCCCUGCCACCUUUGCAUCUGAGAGGCGAAGCCCUUGUUCCCUGGGCUAGAACAGGUUCUGGGAAAAACCGCGCAGGACAGAGAAAUAGAACACCUUUCCAGUUUUUCUUGAGCUGCGAUUUCGAAACCUGCUUUUUCUCUGUUUGAUUUCAAAUACUGCAUUGUGAAUAACAAAUCCCAUACUCAAAAUGAUGGUAAAAUGAGUGGGCAAACUUUUGAUUUUAAAGUAGACUAUAAAACAGACUGUCCUAUAAUCAGAAGGGUAAAAUUAGAAACAAAUUCCAAGCUAAAUGUCAGUCUCAACCCAUCUAACUCCAUCCAGUAAGUGUGACAGCUCAGAAAUGAGGCGGCUGCCAGCACCCAGGAAGGCUCCCUUUCCAGCUUCACUUAGAGCUCUUCUCUGCUCGCUGGGGCCCAGCACGGGGCGGGAGGCUCUAUGCGCACUAUGUCAUUUGGCAAACAUGCAUCACGUCCUGGAUGAAUGAUAUGUAAAAUACAAUAAAAGCUUAUAGUUUGAGUAGAA